CAGUCACUCACUGAUUCACUAACUCACCCCCUCCUCAGAAGCAAUGAUGAUGCCCGACCUGAAGGAUCUGCUGUCUGUCACCACCACUCUGGUUAUUUUACUGGAUAUUGGUCAUGGCUUCCCGCUGUCCGGAUCCAGCCUGGGAGGCUCCAGCGGCCAACACCUGCGUGUGAAGCGCUGUUCCUGUAAUAACUUCCGAGACAAGGAGUGCAUCUAUUUCUGCCACAAGGACAUCAUCUGGAUCAACACACCAGGAAGGACUGUGCCUUAUGGUUUGGGAAGUCCACCAAAGCGACGCAAGAGAUCCAGCGCCCGGUGCCAGUGUUCGAAUUCCAAGGACGGAAUGUGCUCGCAGUUUUGCCAGUCAGACAACCGGAGAAGCAGCGAUACUCCAAGUGUUGGAAGGGAAAGUCGCCCACUCCACUCCCGAGGGCUCGGGGAUCGUUCACGGUCCAGCGCGGCCGAGGGAGAGAGGAUUCUCCACAUCUUAAGACGGAUUUCUGCGUCGAACGCCCAAACCGUUCGUAGGAAAGGCCCCGUGAAGUGGGGAGAAGACGUGCCUUUAGCACGGAAGCGGCUGGGGGGAGAGGAGGGGAGAUGACUCUCCCGCAAUCGAUGGCACUCGUUCCCGAGAGAAGACGGCACCUUUGCUUUCGGUCUCAAUGGCCGUCCCAGCACUGGGGGAAAGAGAGCGAGCGAGAUAGAGCACGAGGGCGAAGCAGAGAGGGAGCAAUGGGCUCCCAGCAAGAGAUCCGCAUCACCCUGUGCUAAGGAGCAGACACCAAGGCACUGACUGUGUCAGACAUCAGGGGGAAGAAACGUAGAGAGGCUGGGAAUCCGGUCGAGUUCUGUGAAAUCCCCAGAGAGGAGGGUCAGGAAACACUCAGUCGCUAGUGGUGGUAAGGCAGCGAGCAAAAGGCUGACCCCCUCCGCGAAGACUCCAGGAAAGGCAGAUUUUGUCCUCAAACUGGAGCCAAAGUGAUGACAAGCGCACUGGCCCAGAUGCAGUAAUGGAAGCGGAGACCUUAACCCGCUGAAUUGAAUGUCCGAUCGUCCCAAAGCAGGGACGUGUCGGAAGCAAGUGCAGCAGCAAAGUCUCAUGCACAGCCACAGAGAUAACAACAACAACUUGCGCCCUUCACGCAGGGUAGCACCUCAGGUAGUUUAAUUUAAGAACAACCAAUUUUAUCCGGGGUGAUUGUUGGCCAGGACACUGGGAGAGAGGA